AUGGAUCGCUGCAUGUGUCUGACUCUCGUCUUCUUUGGACUGAGCCUCAGCUCCUGCUUGAAGGCGCCCCUGCGUGAGUACCACUACGUGAACAUAAAAAUGACCUGGCACGAAGCUCAGCAGUACUGCCGACAGGAGUACACCGACCUGGCCACCAUCGAGAGCAUGGAGGACAUCAGCAGGCUGAAGGCUGAUUUCUCCAAUUCGUGGGCGUGGAUCGGACUAAAGGAUGACCCAAAGUCCUGGAAGACCAUGACCAAUGACACCAACUCAUGGAGAUGGUCGACGACCGGUGAAACGAGCAGAACCGGUUUCAGCAACUGGAAGUUUGCCCAACCAAACAGCGGAUACGGACAUGAAAACUGCGUGCAGAUGGGCUCGGGUGGAUUAUGGGACGAUAAGAACUGUGAAUCGCUCAAAGCAUCAGUUUGUUACAACGUUACGGAGCAGAACAAGAAAACAUAUGCGUACAUCUCAACAGUGAAAACAUGGACCUCUGCCCAAGAGCACUGCAGGACACACUACACAGACUUGGCAAUGAUCGAGAACAGCGCAGAAAACACUGACGUCGAUUCAGUAAGACCAGCCAAGGUCGAAGCUUGGAUCGGUCUGUACCGUGUGCCAUGGGUGUGGGCCGACAAGAGCCAAAGCUCCUUCAGAUACUGGCGUUCUUCAAGCCCAAACAACUAUGGUGGUAAUCAGUUCUGUAUGACUGAGCAUAGUGGCACUCAUCACUGGGACGAUGGGCGCUGUAGUGAUCGCUAUGUCUUCCUCUGUCACCAGGUUUCAAAGGUGAAGACGGUGCUGAAGCUGGCGACUGUGACCGACGCCGACCUGACCAGUCCGGCUACCAACAGCCAGCUCCUUCAGCAGGUCAUCCUUCGUGAGUACCACUAUGUCAACCUGAAAAUGAACUGGACCGACGCUCAGCAUUACUGCAGAGUAAAAUACACUGAUCUGGCCACCUUUGACAACAUGGAUGACAUAAAUAGAUUAAACAGACCAAGUUUGGAAACCUCACUGGCAUGGAUCGGACUCACAGAUGACCCAAAAUCCUGGACGGGAAAUUUGAGUAACGAUGCAAACUCCUGGAGAUGGUCAGCAACUGGUGAAACAGGCGGAACUGGUUACCACAACUGGUACCCAGCUACAAAUCCUCCAGGCCAGAAAACGUAUUUUCUAAUUCAAAAGUCAUUGAACUGGACGGAUGCUCAAGCUUACUGCAGAGAACAUUACACAGACCUGGCUACGAUUGAGAAUGAUCAGGAGAACGGACAGGUGAUGUCACUCCUGUCAGCGGGGGGUUACGGGUGGAUCGGCUUGUACCGAGAACCAUGGAGGUGGUCCGACAACAGCAGCAGCUCCUUCAGAAACUGGGGGACUGGUCAGCCAAAUAACUAUGACAAUCAGUUCUGUGUGGCUGAGGAAUCAAACCACCUUUGGUUUGAUGAGAAGUGUGACAAGGAGAUGCCCUUCUGGUGCCACG